AUGGCGUACCGGAGGAAGCAGGGCAUCCAGCGGUCGGCCACCUUCGUCGAGGACCACCGCCAGUCGUCGCCGGGCGACUCCGCCUCGCCCGCCACCGCAUCCCCGCGCGCCACCCGCUUCUCCGACGACAGCCGCCGGCCCGACCGCUCCCAGCUGGCCGCGCAGACCCUGCUCGCCACCGCCGCGCGCGGGGACUUGCCGGCGCUCGCCGAGCGCUUCCACGCCUCCUCGUCCCCGCUCGCCGCCCGGCCGAGUGACCCCGUCAUGUCGUCGUCCCUGCGGGUGUCCCCGCGCGCCGCCCGGCCGACUGACCCCGCCACGACGUCGUCCCUGCGGGUGUCCCCGCGCGCGGGUCGGCCGAAUGAGCCCAUCACGUCGUCGUCCCCGCGGGCGUCCCCGCGCUCCGGCCGGCAGAACGACAUGUUCGCGCAGGAUCCUGUGACGAUGCUGUACACGUCGACGUCGAGCGCGACGAACGAUGAUUCCAAAAGUUCACCGGUUAAGAAAGACGAGACAAAGCAAGGGCUGUGGGGGCUUCUGGCGCAGCAAGCCAAGGUCAUGCUCGAAGAAAGCAGCCCCACAGAGGACGCCCGGAGCCAGCCUCCGGCCACAUCAGGGGGCAGUCCGCAAGCUCAGUCACGGUGGUCGUACGACCGGGUCCGGAAGUCGGAGAGCCCUACGUUCCAGAACGGAUCGGAAGGGCCCAAGUUCGACAUGGGAGGGCACAUCAAGAAUGCGCUGGAGGCAAGUCCAUUGGUUGAUUCCAGGCACAGACAGAGAUCGUCAACUUGUUAG